AUGGAUAAAGUUAAUACUUUAGUGCUUCUGCUUUCGAUAGCCUGUCUAGAAGCCAAGCGUCUAGUUAUCCAUUGGAAAAGCUUCGAUUGCAUUGUAAACCCAGAGAUUGUCACAUUUCACAGAUGCUUCAUUGUGGAUUCGGCAAAGACGAUAAUUACGAGCGAAGUUGAAUAUAAUCUCGCCUUCGAGAAGUUCAAUGCGAACUUUGUGUUAAACUUGCCACGCCCACCAUUUAAUGAGUUUUAUAAAGCCUUUGAGCUGAAGAUGGAUGUCUGUCAGUUCUUUAAAGGCGCCUAUCAGAACAAGUAUGUCAAAGCCGCCUAUGUAAGUAUGCUGAAGCACAGCAACAUGCCCAAGACGUGUCCACAACCAAAGGGUUUCUACUACUAUCACAACAUGAGCAUCGGUGAAAACCUGCCGCCCUUUUUGCCAAAAUACGAUUUCAAAGUGCAAUUAGAUUUCUUUCUGCCCAAUGUGCCGGUCUUUAAUGUAUCCUUAAGCGGACGUUUGACCGAACCCACAAGGCAUAGGGGGUAG